UGCGCGGUCAAAUCAAAGCAAUAUGGCGGAUUGGCACAAUAACUUGUAUUUCGGAGAGUAUUAUUUUGGUUCGAAUGAAAAGAUUGUGAAUAGUGCAUAUAAAGUUAUUCUUAACAUUGAUAUUUAUAAGAAAAUAGUAUCUUACAUGCAUAUAUAACAAUAGCGUGUAUUUUCUGUUACAUAUAAAAGUGAGAGAAUUUAAAAUAUCGAAUCUGGGUGUAUGUGCUUCAAAAUUUAUUUCGUUAAUGGACAUGAAGAUGACCUUAAUUACUAGGAUAUAUUAGUAUUAUCGUGUACUAACUGUACUGUUGAUCAUAAUUUUUUAUGUGAAAAUAUGUCGUCAACUCAAAGUAAAAUGCGAGGUCCUGGAAGACCACCUAAAUCAAAAAAUUCUUGUACUUGGUGUGGAGAGACUAAACAACCAUUAAAAUAUGUUCUUCCCACUCAACAUGGGAAAAAAGAAUUUUGUUCUGAAACAUGUUUGUCAGAAUUUCGUAAAGCUUAUGUACGUGGUGCUUGCGUACAAUGUGAUAAUGUAAUCAGAGGUACACCAGUUAAAUUGGAACAAAAAGAUGGCCCUACAAAAGAUUUCUGUUCAUCAUUUUGCCUUAACAAACAUCAAAAAAAGGAAGGUCAAGUUGAGAUGAAAAAAAAUAAUAAAGAUCAGUCAUCACCUGCAUCUUCUCCAGUUCCAUCCAACUUAUCAAAUAAUAACAGUGUAGCAUCUGCAACACAAGUUUAUACUCAUACAAAUAAUCAUACAACUGCAUCUCAUCCACCAUCUACUUCAACUGGUCCAUUUCAAUAUGAGACAUAUCAAACUUUUGAUUGGGAUCUUUAUUUAAAAGAAACAAAUAGUUCUGCAGCACCUGUCGAAUGCUUUAAACAGCACGAAGUGCCACCAACAAAUGAAUUUAAAAUGGGCAUGAAAUUGGAAGCUUUAGAUCCUCGUAAUUUAACAUCAACUUGUAUUGCAACAGUAGUUGGUGUCCUUGGUCCUCGAUUAAGACUACGACUUGAUGGAUCAGAUAAUAAAAAUGACUUUUGGCGUUUAGUUGAUAGUAAUGAAAUUCAUCCAAUUGGACACUGCGAAAAAUCAGGUGGUAUGCUUCAACCUCCCUUGGGCUUUCGUAUGAAUGCUUCCAGUUGGCCAAUGUUUCUAUUGAAAACAUUAAAUGGAGCUGAAAUGGCACCAGCUAAAGUAUUUAAACGUGAACCAAAGACACCUCGUUCUAAUAUGUUUGAAGUUGGACAUAAAUUGGAAGCUAUAGAUAAAAAAAAUCCACAACUUAUAUGUACUGCUACUGUUGGUGCUGUGAAAGAUGAUAUGAUUCAUAUAACCUUUGAUGGUUGGCGUGGAGCAUUUGAUUAUUGGUGUCGCUUUGAUUCUAGAGAUAUCUUUCCUGCAGGAUGGUGCUUUAAAAGUGGACAUCCACUACAACCGCCAAGGCAAAAAUCAACAGGUCCUAACAGAUUUAAGUCAAGGACUAGUAAUGUUUUGCCAGUGAUGGCAGUGUCUGGUGGUGGUGCGAGUGGAGAACCAGCAGUUGCUUUGGUAAGUCCAGCUGGUUCAAGUCCACCUCCACAACCAGCUACAGAACCAGAUACUAGUACAGCUAAUACUAAACCACAUCCUCUUGAUAAUGUUACUAUUUAUGUGAAUCACAAUUGUACAUGUGGUCCUUAUUUCGAUCCUCGUAAAGUAAAAGCUAUGCCAGCACAAUUUGGUACAGGUCCUAUAUUAAAUGUCACAAGAGAUAUUUUCCAAGCUUUUCUCAUGGCAGCAAUGAGUCCAAGACAAAUGUUAAGUUUGUUGAAACGUGGCGAAGGAGAAAAUAUCAAUUUAAUUUUAGAAAGUAAACCUACUUCUGUUAGAUUACCUUUAUUUAUGGAAGAAGAGGAUUUUUAUGUGUAUAUUAGGCGGCAACUUGAAGAUCUUUGUGCUUGUGAACACAUGCUAUCCAGAAGAAAAGAACCUUGUAAUAAAUGUCCAAAUACUCAACAACCACAAUCUACAAAUUGUGAAGAAACAAGUAAUAACAGUGCUGAGAAACGAAGAUGGUCGUCUCAAAACCAACAAACUCUUUCAUCUAGUAUGCAACAGCAAGCACAACAACCUGUGCAAAGUAUAAAUAACACAACACUUUCAUCUCCUACACCAGCGAAACAACCACGCAAAUCAGUUCCUGAAUUGGAAGCUGCAACGUCAACGACUCAGUCAGAAAAUACAGCAAAUCGUACACUCUCUACAGAACCAGCUGAAUGGACCAUAGAAGAUGUUAUACACUAUAUUGCCCUAACAGAUCCUGCAUUAGGACAGCAUGCAGAUUUGUUUAGAAAACAUGAAAUUGAUGGAAAGGCUUUACUUCUUUUGAAUUCUGAUAUGAUGAUGAAAUAUAUGGGACUAAAGCUUGGACCUGCUCUUAAAAUCUGUAAUUUGGUAAAUCGUAUUAAAGGUAGAAGACAUAUAAUACUAUGACUCUCUCGGAUAUAAAACUAUAUACAGUGAGGUAAACUGCAUUUGAACUGGCUGGUCAAAUUUGUUUUCAUAAAUGAAAACAUUAAUAUAUAAGUUGUUAAAAUAAUGUGAAUAUAUGAAUGAAUGUAAUAUUAUUAUGUCUAAAUAUGAUCUUUUAUCAUUAUUUUUAGGAUUAAAUUAAGUAGAAAACAAUUUUUUAAUUUACUUUGAAAAAGUAAGUAUUUUUGUUUGGAGGAAAGCACAUUUGUAUUAAUUGAUUAUAAUGCAGGCAUUUUUAUUAAUUAAUUUACUGUCAUCUCAUUACAAUGAGAAACAAUCAAUUGAUACAACACUAAACGUGUAGAUAAAUAGUAAAUAUAGUGAAAUGUUAUUUUAUCGAUUAAUUAUAGAAUAUUUUAUAUUAUUUUACAGUUUAGUAAAAAAAAUUAUGUGUAUCAAUCAGUGGCUAUGUAUAUAUAGCUAUAUAACUUUCAAUUAUGUAUCUUUUGUAAUACAAAUCGGUAGUUUAAUGAAAUAUUAACCAUGCAUUCUUGCUCAGUUUAAAAAAUGAUUAUUUAAUUUAAAAAUAUGGAAUAUUUUACAAAAUUUGUUAGUUUAUAUUUUCGUUAUCCAGAUAUACGAAAAUCCAUUUUUAUUCUAUUAUUAUAGAGGAACGUGUUUCUUCGUAUUUUUGUUGUUAUAUUAACUUGCGUAUGCCCAUAUAAUUUAAAAUACUAGAUAUAUAACAUCAAAAAUUUUAAAAGCUCUAUGGUAUAUAUAUAUAUAUUAUAAAAAUAUAUAUAUUUUCAAGUAUUCAUGUAAUGACAUACUAUAUAAAUAUUAAAUUCAUCAUUUAUUGAAUUUCAAUUUAUAUUCAUUCAAUCAUUAAAAGUGAUACUUUUAUAUUGAACAUAUAUUACAAUGAUUAAUAGUUCCCAAAGUGAUAUUUAAGAUUUGUGUGAAUCAAUUAAUAUGAUAAUUGUGCAAAUUGUAUGAUACAAUUAUAUAUAAAAAUUUUACAGUACAUCAUAAAUAAAUAACUAUUUACGCUACAAAACCGACUUUCUUGUCCAUGUAUAUCACUGAUUCAUAUUAAUUGAAAAAAAAUCUAAUGUAAUGGUAUGUAACAUACAUCUGAUGUAUACUUUGAAAUUUUCAGCAGAUGUAUUUCAGUCUAUGUUAGUAGAUUAUUAAAAUUUUUCAAAACUAAGUACUGUUUAUGUUUCUUAAGAAAUUAAUGCUAUUAUAUUUAUAAUGAUUAAAAAAGAUAAAUUACUAACAGUGUGACUGUACAAAAUAUCUAUAAGUAUCAUAAUUGUGAUCAAUAUUACAUAAGAUAUAGAUAAGUGUAAUUAUUAAGUCUAUUCUAUAAAAUAUA